AUGAUGAUGAUUUCUACAUCGAGGAAAGCACAGAGAAAUCCCAAGGUAUACUUGGCCGCAUUAGCAGCCACUUCGGCUAUUGCAAUUUCUUACAAGAUAUACGAAACCUUUUUAAAGCCUAGCACCAACAAUGAUAGCAACAGUUUAGCUGAUGCCGACAAAGACAAACACAUUGUACUUGAAGGAGAAGAAGAGGAAACAGUAAUGAAAUGCGAAUAUACAAACAACAAAAACCACAGUUCUCUUACACAAACACAGUUGGAAAGAAAAGUGUAUACGAUAUCCAAGAAGUUUCUCAACAAGUCGAUUGCUAUUACACUAUCGAGUUCUUUUUUGUCUUCGCAACUACCGUUGGUUGACUUGAUCACCUCAAAUGAAAAACUCAUUUACAUAAUCCCACCCAAUUUAAACGAAGAAGAUGUUGGGUUACUGAAUACUGCGGGAAACAUAGUUCUGCAGAACAAACAAGAGUUGCAAUUACCGCCAAAUUUCAAAAUCUUAAAGUGCUCAAAUAUUCAGGGUUACCUCCAGAUCCUCAAGAACCUCAAACCAGAUUGUUUAUUGUUGUGCAGUGAUGAUUUGGGUAUAAGCAACUUUAAUGGCGUUGUGCUGAGAGACUUGAGCAACUUUAUCAAGAAUAUCAUCAAUAUCGACCAGAAUCAAGACGUAUUGAGCCAGAUUAGACCCGUUUUUGCUUAA